UAAGAAGAGUCAGGUAGAGCUUAUUUAGUUCCCAACUUUUGUGAGAGAGCCAUCUAGUGACAGGCGUGCUAAACUCGCGCGAGUGUUUAGUAGUGCAACUGUGUAGUGUUUACGGAAAUCCUUAAUUAUCAUCAUGCCUGGACGUCCUAUCUGGCAGUGUGCCAACAAACGUGAGCCUGAAAAGGAGCAGGAGGCCCAGAAGUGGAUCGAAGCGGUCAUCGGAGAGAAGUUCCCCGCAGGCGUACCUUACGAGCAUGCCCUUCGCGACGGCAUCAUCCUCUGCAAGCUGAUGAACAGGCUCCAGCCCGGCAUCAUCUCUAAAGUGAACAUCUCCGGCGGCGACUACAAGUUCAUGGACAAUAUUAGCCAAUUCCAAAAAGCGUGUAUCAAAUACGGAGUUCCAGACACAGAUCUCUUCCAGUCAACUGACCUCUGGGACCAAAAGAACAUCGCACUGGUGACACAAACGAUCUUUGCUCUUGGAAGAACGUCAUACAAGCACCAAGAAUGGCGUGGUCCUUUCCUUGGCCCCAGGCCUGCUGAAGAAAAUCGCCGCGAAUUCAGCGAGGACGUCCUCAGGGCAGGAGAGGCAGUUAUCGGCUUACAAGCCGGUACAAACAAAAUGGCGUCCCAGUCUGGACAAAACUUUGGUGCUUCGCGCAAGAUUAUUCUCGGCAAGUGAAGUACCAGGGAGUUAGGAAUACGAAGCGUUAGACUCGAAGUAUGACGCUGUGAAGUAUGUACGGAAAUAAAUCCACUACGUCAUAACUUACUGUAUUAUUUAUAUUUACCUACUUAUUUUAUUUAUUGAACUGUGACUAUUUAUAUUUUUACAUUAUUAUUUUAAAUAAGUUUUUAUAAAAGUUACUCAUAAAAAUGUAAAUUUACUAGGUACCUACCUAGUAGGUAUUUUAUAGCUACAUUAUUUUUGACUGCAAAAUACAAUGAAAAUUAAAAUAUAUUUUGUUUAUAGGUUAUUAUUUGUUUUAAAUAAAUUACCUACUUAUUAAAUUGUGUUAAAUUAAUAAUGCCUAGAAAUAAAAUAAAAUUAUGUAUUUACUAUACUUAAUUUGUAUGUAGAAUAAUAAGUGUCUCUGCAUAGUGUCUAUUGAGCUGUAAAAAUGCUGUGAUCUCAGAAACCAAAAAUGCUAAAAAUCAAUCAUCCAAGUACCUUUCACCUUUCAAAAUAUAGGUAAAGUUGUCUCCGAGCCUCCAAGCCAGGUCUAACCUAGGUUUUCGCCGAGUGCAUAGCUACACUUUAAAGAGGCAUAUUUUUGUGCUAGAUUUUUUUAUUGUGUUUUAUGAGGCGUGCAUAUUUGCAUUUUAGAUUUUUUUUUUCAUUUUCAAUUUUAUUGACAAAAUCGUGGCGCCCGCGCCGCUUUGCCACGACCCCUUAAUGUCGCCUGGGACUUGCCUCUCUUGCCCCCACAUCAAUACGCUACUGCGUAUUGUUUUUUUUGACUCGUACUACCCUCAUAAUGUCAUAAUUUAUGCAUAGGAGUGAGGUAAUGCCAAGUAGGUAGUGAAAAAGGUAAUGCUGAGUUAUCAUAUUUGAACAAUGAUCUAAAAUACUGAAUUUUCAAGAUUUUUUAUAAUCUGUAUAAGUAAGUAUCAUAAGAUUUGAAUAGGGCGAGUUCUGAAAUAAAAAAUAUUACUAUACCUA